AUGGUGGGCGGCCUCCCCGCGCGCCGCCUGCGGCCGCUGGCCAUGGGCUCGAGGAAAGGUGGCGCGGGGCGGAUCACCGUGCACCGGCCGUUUCCGAGCGAGAGCCCGUCGGGUGCGCCGCGGCAGGAGGAGGACUCUCCAACGCAGCAGGCUGUCCCAUUGCGUGCUGAAAGCUCUGAGAUUGAUACUGCAACAUGUUCAAUGAAAUCUCCUUUAUCCCAAAAAUGUGCAAGAAUACAGAGUCUAGAAAAAUGUCACAAUGCAUCUAAAGAACAGCAAUGUGUGAACUGGCUCUCAAAGAAGUAUUUCACUCAUCUCCAGACCAAAGCAGUUCUGGAAUCCAAUGAAGUUUAUACUCUUUGCCAGCCUAUAUAUGACACACACGAAAGCUUUGUGAAGGAGUUGGAUAAAUAUUUGGCCUACAAAGAUAUGCUAAACUUGAGAAAAAAAGAGCUAUUAUACAAGAAAUGGAAUGAAUGUGUCUAUCAACCACUGCAAUGGAAACUCAGGUCAAUAUUAAACCAGUCACUCGAAAAGAGGCGAGCUUCAAUUUUGCAGUACUUAGAUUACUGCAGUAAAAAGGAGCCUGUGUUUUUGGAAAAUUAUAAUGCUGAUGACUUCAAUCCAUUUGUCCUUCAACAGUGCAAACCUAAAACACUUGAGGCAAGGGCUUUAAGUCUCAAUGAUCCUCUGCUGUUGCAGAGUCGAAGCAAAAGUGAGGAAGACAGUGCUAUACUGCAGUGUCAAGAAGGUAAAGUUUACUCUUUGAAACAACGUAAAGAAUUCUUACAACCGCAAUUACCUCUAGUUCCUUUGGAUCGCCAUAAUAUCAACUGCAUCACAUGGCUUCAUAUACCACUAAGCUACAUUGAGAGUGAUGUCCGGCAAAGAAGCAGGAAACGAAUUAUUUCAGAAACUGCUAGAAUCUAAACACGGAAGCUCAUCUACUUUUGCUGAACAGAUGCAAACUUGUUCGAAGUUUUUCCAAGAUGCACAUUGAAUGGGCAUUCUAAUAUCUACGCUGGCAAACAGAUGUAAUCUUCCAGAUUCAUUUAUUCAACAAAUUUGUUCAAUUCAAUUCUUGAAAAUCCUGUCUCCUUAUAUGACAGCCAUCUCUAAAACUAAGUAAUAAAAUAAUAUUACAUAAAAUAGGAAUAUAAGGACUCAAUUAUUGUUAUUAGCUGCUCACUUGUAUCUUUUUCUUUCAGAGGUACUAAAUUGCCAAAAAUGAGAAGGCAGAUAAAGUGAAAAUGUUUAUGUGUUGAUGUUUACUUCCAUGGAAAAAUAUAAAUACGAAAUACAGGGUGUAAUUAAAACAAAAACUGAAAAAUCUGCAUGUAAUUGAUUGACCUGAAUUCAUGACUUUGGGGAUUCAAAAUUUUAAAUGAACAUUUAAGAAAGGGAGAAAGUUGUAGAGGACAAUGAAGGUUUACUAUUUUUUUUAACCAGUCCAUAAUAUCCUUAAGAGAUGAAUUAUUUGUUGACCUAAAAUGAAGUGCUUUAGUUAUAACUUGGAGGGGUUAUUGGUGAGGCCACAUAAUUUGCUGUUAGUUGUAUUCUCACUUUGAUAAAUGAGGCUGAGUUAUCUUCGGGAGAUUUGCAGAAAUAUAAGGAAGAAUGGUGUGGAGACAGUUUACAUAUACAUUUCAGUCUGGGGCAUAAAGUAGGAAUUUUAUUUUAAAGUAUGCAGGAAUUGGCUAAGAAAUUUAUUCUAUUUUUCAUUAAGACUCUGCAUUUUCCACUAUACUGUACAAAUAUCCAAAUAUUUUAAAAUUACUUGACAGCCUCUUGUUAUUUACUAUGUACUAUUUUAAUACUGUUGUAAGACUACUUUUUAGUAUUGCACACAAUUCGAGUUUCAUUUUCUGAAAUAAAGACAUU